AUGUUGACGAUGGAGACGGAUUUGAAAGGCGGCAGCCUGCACGCUAACGUGCCGCCGCACCAUGCGUUGCAGCACGGCUACGGCUCGCUGGGCGCGCUCGGUGGCAUGAUGUCGCUGCCGCAGCAACAGUCGCUGAGUCAGCAUCAGUCACUGCAGCAGCAUCAUCAGCAUCAGCCGCUACCACAACACCAUCAGCCUCCACCUCAGCAUCACCAGCCGCCCAACAACAACAACAACACCACCAGCAAAAACUCUAACGCUGAACGGGUCAAGCGACCGAUGAACGCGUUCAUGGUGUGGUCACGCGGGCAACGCAGGAAAAUGGCCUCCGACAAUCCUAAAAUGCACAAUUCUGAAAUCUCUAAACGUUUAGGCGCACAGUGGAAAGAUUUAUCUGAAUCUGAGAAGCGACCGUUCAUCGACGAAGCUAAGAGAUUGCGAGCUGUUCACAUGAAGGAACAUCCAGAUUAUAAAUAUAGACCAAGGCGGAAAACGAAGACUCUUGCAAAGAAACAGGAAAAGUAUCCUCUAGGAGGUGGAUCAUUAUUAGGUGCAAGUGACGUGCAAAGAACGGCCGCUCCGUCGGCGCAACAACCUCGCGAUGUUUACCAGAUGACUCCAAACGGCUACAUGCCCAACGGUUACAUGAUGCACGAUCCCAGUGCAUAUCAGCAGCAGGCAUAUGGCUACCCGCGCUACGACGUGUCACAGAUGCAACAGAGCGGUUACGGCGGAGGUUACUAUGGCGGUGGACAAGGAUCUCCAUACCUGCCGCAGCCGCCGUCGCCAUCCGCUUACGGAAUUGGCCCCGGAUCUCCAGGGGGCUACGCGCUACCUGCAUCUUGCGCAUCACAUUCACCAAGCGGUUCAUCAGCCAAGUCAGAGCCAGUGUCACCCGGACCGCCGGGGCUCAAGCGGGAGUUUGUGUCGCAUGAGCCGGUUUCGCAACUGAAGCGCGAAUACGGGCAAGCGGGUGGCCAGCACCCGCACGAGUUAGCCAUGAAGCGAGAGUACGGGCAGCAAGACCUCAGCCACAUCAUCAACAUGUACCACGUACCAGAUGAACAGAGGUACGCGGCUGCGGGCGAGCGCGCCAUGCCACUUAUCUGA